CGAUUGACUGCCGAGGUCUCGCUCCAGUCUGAUGUGCAACAUCGGGUGAAUAGUAAAUUCUGCGACCAUCGCUGUACGCACCUAUCUACUCGUCGGUACCUGGGGUAUUAUUAGGUCUUCGUCACCCGCCGGAUCAUGACUGAGGACCAACCGCCAGUAGCAGCAGCCUCCUCCUCAGAGUCCGCCAUGCCUCCACUCCAACUGCCACCAAACCUGAAAUUCGGCCCCUUUUCGGUAGCAUCACAGGUCUUCCACCUCUCGCCAUCGCGCCUGUCCUACGGCUUGGUCAACCUCAAACCCCUGCUGCCAGGCCACAUCCUGAUCUGCCCGGUACGCGGCGUUCCGCGGCUCUCGCAGCUCUCCGGCGCGGAAACGGCCGAUUUAUUCAACACCGUCCGCAUUGUCUCGGUGACGCUCCAGCGCGUGUACCACGCCAGUGCUUUCAACGUCGCGGUCCAGGACGGAGUCGACGCCGGCCAGUCCGUGCCGCACGUGCAUGUGCAUGUGAUUCCGCGCCAGAGGGGCGAUUACGACGACAAGGGCGGUGGCGACAGGAUUUACGAUGCCAUGGACGGCGAGGAAGGGGAUCUGGGCAAGGCGUUCCUCGAGAUGCGGAGAAGGAGAGGCGAGAGGUCAGAGUCGGGAAGGGAGGCCCUGGGCGGACCCGACAGCACCAGGGAGCCCAGGAGUGAGGAGGAGAUGCGGAAGGAGGCAGAGUGGCUGAGGGAGGAGAUUGAAAAGGAUCGUUCACGCGCCCAGGAUGAGGAGUGAUGGCGACUUGGAGAGAUAGAGUCACUGUGCGCUAGAAUCCGGGCAGAUUGUCAGCCACGGGAAAAGAGCAAAGGUCCAAACACGCGUCUAAUUGCUUUC